AUGACGUGCCUGCAUGGGCCUGUGUGCUCCGAACACCCUGUCCUGGUCCUCCUCGUCCUCCUCGUCCUCCUGUCUGGUUCGGGAGGCUGCCUCUGGGUUGGCUUCGCCGCCAGUCUCUCCAUGUACCAUGUACACGGUCGUUUCGCCGUUUGUCAGCUUCUAGCCCAUUUGCUGACUGGGACGGUACGGUGUUCCCGUCGCACCAAGCCCGGUCCACCACAGCCGACUCGGCACGGUGCGAGCGUGGUCUUCGAGAAGGCCUGA